AUGGGGCUUCCGUUGGAACAAAUGGAACAAGUGGCCUUCCAAACUUGUCCACCAGAUCACUUGGCCUUUUGGGUGGGUCAUUGGUCUUGGCCUGGUUCACGAAGACGCCACGAGCCUCGGGAAAGAAGCAGCUUGUGCCGUAAUGGUGUGCCUUCAGUUCAGUUUUCAACGGUCUAUGACCCACUCAUCAAGUGGGGAGUGGCCUACCUUCGUGCGCAGCAAUCGGUGGAGGUCUUGUGCAACGCGGCUUCACCACAGAAGGGGGCGGAGCUGCUCCUGAGGCGACAGCCCGACUGCGCGUUGCUGUGCUGGCAACGCAGGAGUGAGACUUGGCCCUCUCAAAAUGCCUCCGGUGGCACGCUGAUGCCCACCCAAGCAGCCAAGCCACCCAGCCCCUUCGGCUUAUCCAAGGACGUGGGGAUGGUCUCGAGCACGGGCAAUGGCCGGCGCUAUGCCGCGCAGGCGCUGCUGCGGUCGAUCGCGCAGAGCGAGGACUUCGAACUCACGGCCGUGCUGGUUUACGACACUGGGCUGGUUCAUGCGGACGUGGCGCUGGGUGCGGCUAUCCCUGAGGGUGUUCGGCCGUUCCUGGUCAGAAAACAUGAAAUACCCACCAUUGGACAGGACAUCAGUCCCCAAAUGCACUGGCCUCUGAGCAUUGUCCACGGUAUUUUGGCCAAGGAUUGGAAGAAUGAGACGGGCCACUGGGCCUUGCCCAGUGAAGGCCCACAGCAUGUGACGCUCAACAUCCGUGGGGGCCAGCCGGUUUCUGCUUGGCGUGGCAGCAUGGGGCAGCUUCUAGGCGCCUGCGCUGGCGACCUCGCAGUGGACGUGGCUGUCUCCAUCCAAUCGAGGCGGACCUGCUUGGAGCUCAUGUUGAGGAGCAUCCGCGCCAAGAAGUAUGUGGCCAUGGGCCACGACUACAACUUGCCCUUUGGCCCAUGGGGCAUGGAAGUGGAGCCAGAGAUGUUGGCCUUGCAUCGCGUGUUGAUCCAAGACUCACGGAUGACGAUGUUCUGCACUUCUCAGCACUUAGUGGACUUCGUGCACCGCUUCUCUCAAGGCCGUGUGAAGACACGCUUGUGCUACUGUGCGGACUAUGGCUAUUUUGACUCCGAAGAUUUGCCUUUGGCCAAUGAGCCCAGAUACGUGACCUUGAUCAGUCCGAGUCCAGCCAAAGGCUUGGCGAUUCUCCUGCGUUUGGCCUUGAUGCUGCCUGAUGUGGAAUUCCUGUGUGUCAGCACUGGCUGGACAAAGACUUUGCAUGAAGUGCAGCUGCGAGCUCAUCCGAAUGUCAAGGUUGUCCCUGGCAGUGACGAUUUAGAUACAGUGUAUCAGCAGACCGCAGUGUUGCUGAUGCCAUCACUCUGGCAGGAGUCCUUUGGACUGGUCGCAGUGGAGGCGCAGCUCCGUGGCCUUUGUGUGGUGAGCACCGGAUCUUAUGGUUUGAAGGAGGCCAAUUUUCUGGAGGAGUUGCAGGUCACUCCCGUGACCUUGGUUCAUGAUUCCAGGACCCGUGAGAUGCUCCGAGGGCUGACGCUGGCGGAGGCGGAAGAACGCUUGGAUCCUGGACGGCCACGGAAAGAAGGCCGUCACGGGGCGGAAGGGGUCACGGCGGAUCGUCACUCGUAG